AUGGGAAAUAAUAAUUCGACAAUAGAACAACCUCUCCAAAGGCAAUCAUUGAAAUCAUCACUAAAUGGGAAAAGAAGCAUACGUUAUCCAAAGGGAACCUUCCGCAAUAAAAAAAAUAUAGAAUCACAAAAUAUUAUGAGCUCACAGCAAACGAUACCUUCUUUAACCGUUGAUCCUCGCACUUUACUGAACAAAAUUAAAUCCUUGGAAAAUGAAAAUUCACAUUCUGAUGACGUUCAAGGAUGGGAUUCCUCGGCUACCUUAAACAAUAACACUUUUUCAACAGGAUCAACCUUCACUUUGGCACCCUCCGAUGAAAGGACAUCAUCUCCAUCCUUGGAAACGGAAUCCAUAAUAUCAAUCACCCAAUCAGAGCGUGAGGUGAUCGGGCACUUCACUAAAACUCCUAUUGUUGAAGAACCCGAUUGUUUUGACGAUAAUUCUGAUCAUUCGAUAAACAUACCGAAUUCAUCAUUAUUUUCCAGGGAACAUGACAAUAGCUCAGAAGAGACCGCCACAUUAAAUCCAUCAUUAUUUAACUCGGACGAAUUUUACACCUUGCCGGAGGUUCACGUAAUAUCUUUAUUGCAACGAGAUGACAUCGAGAUGGCUGAAAUUGAGAUAUGGAAUCAAUUGGUCGCGUGGGGGGUUAAGAAUGCCUUACCAAACUCAGCGAAACGAUUAUCCAGAUGGGAUGAGCAGGAUUUCGAUGCAUUAAGGGAAAGAUUAAAGAAUUGCGUAUCCUGGAUAAGGUUCUUUCAAAUCAAACCUCAGGAAUUUGCGGAAUAUGUUUGGCCGUAUAAGCAGAUCCUUCCCAAAUCAAUAAUUGGAAAUUUCUUAAGGCAGCAAAUUACCGGUCACCCUCCAAUUAUAGAAACUCGUCAAAAUCCGCCAAGGAUUCCAUCCGCCGAUAUAGAUUCCACCGUUAUUACCGGCAGACAUGCAUCGAUAUUGGCUAGCUGGAUGCAACAAGAUGAUUCAGUGGCUAAAAUGGGUUCCUUUCUGUUCUCGUUUCAAACUCGUUAUUAUCCUGAAGAAACUGCUGUGAUUAGUCGUAUAAUACCUGAAUGUGUAAAUGAUGCAAUAAAGCAUUCUCGGGAUGGACCCUGUUUUGGUUUAGGCCCGGAUUUAUCGAUUAAUCUAAAUGGUGAAAAGAAUUGUCAAGUGUUUCCGACUUCUUAUCAAAAUCCUAUUAUAAAUUUUGAGGGGAAAUUCGAAUAUGAGGAGGUUGAAGUUUUCAGUGUUAUGAAUAUGGAACAAUAG